AUGGAUGGGGACAAGUUUCAAAGAGAAGACCUUUCUGGGGCUAAAAAAGAUGAUUUGACACCUCUCCAAGCAGCAGCAUCCAAUGGUCGCCUCGAUGCUGUACAGGUUCUCAUUGGGCAAGGAGCAGAUAUAAACAGGGCUAAUAAUAAUGGCAAGACACCUCUCUACGCAGCAUCUUUUAAUGGGCAACUCGAUAUUGUAAAAUUUCUCAUUGGUCAAGGAGCAGAUAUAAAUAGAGAAGAUAAGGAUGGAUGGACACCUGUCUAUGCAGCAUCAUUCAACGGUCACCUCGAUGUUGUAAAGUUUCUCAUUGACCAAGGAGCAGAUAUAAAUAGGGAAGAUAAGGAUGGAUGGACACCUCUCUAUGCAGCAUCAUUCAAUGGUCACCUCGAUGUUGUAAAGUUUCUCUUUGUCGAAGGAGCAAAUCUAAAUAGGGGUAGUAAUGAUGGCAGUACACCUCUAUUAGCAGCAUCAUUCGAUGGUCAUCUCGAUGUUGUACAGUUUCUCAUUGGCCAAGGAGCAGAUCUAAAUAGGGUUGGUCGGGAUGGCAGCACACCUCUCGAAGUGGCAUCACUCAAAGGUCAUCUCGAUGUUGUUACGUUUCUCAUUGGCCAAAAAGCAGAUCUAAAUAUGGCUGGUAUUGGUGGUCACACACCUCUCCAUGCGGCAUCAUCUAAUGGUCAUCGCGACGUUGUACAGUUUCUCAUUGGCCAAGGAGCAGAUCUAAAAAAGGCGGAUAAAUACGGCAUGCCACCUCUCCACAGGGCAUCAUUAAACGCAUCAUCUAAUGGUCACCUCGAUGUUGUAAAGUUUCUCAUUGGCCAAGGAGCAGAUAUAAAAAGGGCGGAUAAAGAUGCCAGGACACCUCUACAUGCAGCAUCAUCCAAUGGUCAUUGCGAGGUUGUACAGUUUCUCAUUGGCAAAGGAGCAGAUUUAAAAAGGGCGGAUAAAGAUGGCAGGACACCUCUCUUUGCGGCAUCAUUCAAUGGUCACCUUGAUGUUGUACAGUUUCUCAUUGGCAAAAAAGCAGAUCUAAAUAGGACUGGUAAUGAUAACAGCACACUUCUAGAAGCAGCAUCACUCAAAGGUCACCUCGAUGUUGUACAGUUUCUUAUUGGCAAAAAAGCAGAUCUAAAUAGGGCUGGUAUUGGUGGGCGCACGCCUCUCCAAGCGGCAUCAUUUAAUGGUCACCUUAAUGUUGUACAGUUUCUUAUUGGCCAAGGAGCAGUUCUGAAUAAGGUUGGUCGAGAUGGCAGCACAGCUCUAGAAGUGGCAUCAAUCAAAGGUCACGUCGAUGUUGUACAGUUUCUCAUUGGCCAAAAAGCAGAUCUAAAUAGGGCUGGUAAAGAUGGAAGCACACCUCUAGAAGCGGCAUCACUCAAAGGUCAUCUCGAUGUUGUACAAUUUCUCAUUGGCCAAGGAGCAGAUCUAAAUAGGGCUGGUAUUGGUGGGCGCACACCUCUCCAAGCGGCAUCAUUUAAGGGUCACCUCAAUGUUGUACAAUUUCUUAUUGGCCAAGGAGCAGAUCUAAAUAGAGUUGGUCGAGAUGGCAGCACACCUCUAGAAGUGGCAUCACUCAAAGAUCCAGCCGUUGGUUCAAAACAGGAAAGUGGGGGUCUAAAAAAACAGGUGGAUAACGAAGCAAACGUACACACCUCAAAACUCGAACAGCUUAACUUAGACUUUACAUCUUCUGAACACGUCGUAGAAGAUGUUACUCGUGAUUCCAUGGGGGCAUCCGAUCAGCAGUCAGGCUCGAUUCGCAUCGAGAAGUAUGGCAUUGAAGUCCAGUUUCAUUCAAGCUCCGACAGUUUUUCGUUGAUUGCUGCUGCCAAUGGUGACCCUCGAUGUGUUGUUAGAGAGCGAGACCUUGACCUCUAUAUCUCUCACUUCUCUGAAUGGUGGAUUGUUGCCUUCAUCACAAAGGUAUUCGUGGGCAAGCGUGUCAUCUGUACGCCUUUCGUACCUGAACCAAGCCCUAUGAACACUAAGCAUCUGUUGAGGCUCUGCAUUAGAGACAGUAACCAAGGGAAAGCGGAGGGGGUGGAUGUCCAGGGGUACGUGUCGUAG